CAUACCCCAAUCGGUGCAGUCGCCUCUGCGGAACUCGGUCGCGCUCCCUCUGUGUGUGUGGUUCAAAGAUCAUCGUCGAUCAAUCGAUCGAUUCAGCGUAUCCCAGCUCGAUAGUCAACUGUUGAGGGGGGUCACAAUAACGGUUAUUAAAAUUUUCCAAACGGAAAAAUCCGCUUCCCCAGGCAAAAAGAUUUAACGGCACGUGGUGGAAGGUGAUUCCGUUUGUCGGGCAGCAGCAGCAGCAGGUGAAAUACCGACCGUUGGUGAUUCACCCAACGACCGACCGGACCCAUUACGGACUACAAUCCUAAAUCCGUUUCGCUGCCAACCGGUUGACAAUAAAUACGUGUGUGUGUGUCGGUGUGUGUGUGUGUGUGCAAAUAAGUGCAGUUCCAGGAAUCCCCCUCACCCAUAUGAUGUCUCACGACAGUAAAGUGCACAGCUGAGAAUUGAGGCAGUCCUAACCCCCCCCCCUACCACAACCCAUUAAUGGCCAUUGUGCAGAGCCACAGACAGAGCAUACACGUUGCGAGGCCAGUGAUUGGGCUCAGCCUUUAUGCCAUGCACCAGGAUGUCCCACCGAAGAGCGUCGGAGCUACAACCGAAUCGAAACUGGAAGAGUCAUCGGAGAAGGCGGCGGCGACGGUGCAGGAGGGCAAUGCAGGAGGAGCAGGAGCAGGCUAUCAGCAGAGACGACGCCGGCGGCGACGCUACAGCAGCAGUUCAACAAGCGACUCCAACAGCUCCACGGACUCGGACUCCACCACGGACGACUCCGAUACGGAUACAUCCACAUCCUGCAGCAGCGGCAGCAGUAAAAGCAGCCACCGACUGCAGUCCGUGGCUGUGGCUGUGCCUGUGCCCCUGCCCGAGCCUCACACAUCCCACCCGCCUCUACCUCUGCCAGUGCCUCUGCCCAGCCGCAGUGAAAGCAGAAAAGCAUCCAUCGAAUCCAGUGACUCCGUUACGCCCGUCGAGGUGCCCGUGGAUCCGCACGCCUGGUCCACCGAGGACAUUGCCAGCUGGGUGAAGUGGCUGACGCGCAAGUUCAAGAUCGAUCCGGAGCCGGACAUCGGACGCUUUCCCAAGGACGGCCAGGAGCUGUGCGAACUGAGUCGCGCCGACUUCUGGGUCUGUGCUGGCUCCCGUCGUGGCGGCACGCUGCUGGCCAAGCACUUUGCCCUCAGCCUGUACCAUGCCACGGGCCGCGAGACGAGUCCCAUGCUCAACGAGAACGAGCCAAAUCCGUAUCAACUGCUGAACGCUGCCUCGCACCGAUUGGUCGCCCAGGGCUCCGGCGGGCAGAUACAAUUGUGGCAAUUUCUGCUGGAGCUGCUCGCUGAUUCGUCGAAUGUCGCAUACAUCAGCUGGGAGGGCCAAUCGGGCGAAUUUCGGCUCAUUGACCCGGACGAGGUGGCCAAGCGUUGGGGCGAGCGCAAGGCCAAGCCGAAUAUGAACUACGACAAGCUGAGCCGUGCCCUCAGGUACUACUACGACAAGAACAUCAUGACCAAGGUCCAUGGCAAGCGGUACGCCUACAAGUUCGAUUUCCAUGGUCUGAUGGCCGCCUGUCAGGCACAGGCGCAGGGCGGAGAUCCGGCCGCCAAUAUGCUAGGUUCCUACAAUCAUCAUGCCGGCGGUGGCAUGCCGCUGGCUCGACACCCGCCGCUGCACCAUCACCACGCCCAGCAUGCCCAUCAUCAUCAUCAUCCGCACUCGCAUCCACACGCGCACGGACAUGUGCAUGCCGGGCAGCCGCACUUCCUGCACCAUCACACAUCGCCCGCCUCAACGAGCUCCAGUCUGGGCUUCCCGUCGCCCUCGACGGUCUCCUCCCAGCCCUCGCCCAGCAAUGGGCCGCCCUCCUCAUCGACAACGUCGGCGUUUCCUGCACCAUUCCACGGCGGGACAGAGGCAGCCAGAACAGGGACAGACCCAGGAACAGGCACGGCGACGACGGCCUCGACCUAUGACCAGGGCAACCCAUCCACGAAUGCAUUUAAUUGAAGAUGAAGAU